AUGAACCGUCGCUACUACGUUAGAUACAUUCUAGCCUUAUCGAUCGUUUUUCGUUUCUCGUUUCUGCAAACUCUAGCCGAUAAUUGUUUACUUGAUACGGAAAUUCCCUUGUUUUGGAAUGGCUCUGAAGGUAACUGGGGUGGAUAUCUGAGCAGUAAAAGGUGUGGAAUACCGUUCGAAAGAUAUUUAUACAGCCUCGCAAAAAAAACGAACACGAGUGGAGAAAUAUUUCCGAACAUCACACAGCAAAAGUAUUGUUUGAGCAGACUGAACACAUCUGAGAAAGAUGCUUUCAUCUGUGGUAUUGAGAAGCUGACGAGUGGAAACGGAGGCUGCUCCGAUUACUCGGUAAAAGACGUUGCGGUCGAGCAAGAAAACGGGUUGCGGAAACUCGACCAAAGUUGCAAGAAUUUACGAUCAGAAUCAGAUGAAGGGUGCAAUUCUUGUUUAGGGGUGUGGGAGCAGAUGGCUGGAGAAGGCGACACCUGUCGGUUUUCGGUGCUCGUUUUAUUGAAUGUCGAAGAAUUAACGAAACGAGAUGAUAAAGCAGAACAAGGAAAGAAAAUUACAUUCAUUACAGGUGUGGAAAUCGUGGCCGGUGGCGUGGGGGUUAUUUUGGUAAUUCUAGCUAUUGUGUGGCUGAUCUUGUAUACAUACAGAACCAGAAGAAAACCUCCAAUAGAAGGGGGUGCUCAAGAUGCCUCGUUUUCUGUAGAAUCCAGCAGUGUAAAGAUCUCUCUUAGAGAAGUUCAUUUAGCCACAGACAAUUUAAGCGCAUCGAACUUCAUCGGUCAAGGAGUAGCAGGGAAAGUGUACAAGGGCAUUCUAUCGAACGGGCAGCUGGUGGCGGUGAAGCACAUUAUAAACGACGGCCAAAUGGAAACGUUUGUAAGAGAAGUCACGAGCCUAUCACAUGUCAAGCAUCCGAAUCUCGUCGAACUGUUAGGCAAUUGUGAUGGAGAAGAUGAAAGCUUUCUCGUUUACGAGCUUUGCCACAAUGGAAACCUCUCAGAAUGGCUAUUCGGUAAACAUAAGUUUCUGAAUUGGAUCCAAAGACUCGAAAUUGCAAUCGACUGCGCAAGAGGACUCUGGUUUCUCCACACGUACACGGAAGGCUGCAUCGUCCAUCGCGAUAUUAAGCCGACAAACAUACUUCUCGGAACAAACUUCGAAGCAAAGCUAUCGGAUUUCGGAUUAUCGAAAGUGAUUUGCAUGGGAAAUUCGUACGUGAGCUCUGAGGUAAGAGGAACAUUCGGUUAUGUGGACCCGGAAUACCAAAAGAACAGACGCGUACAUCCUUCGACCGAUGUUUACAGCUUCGGAAUAGUGCUUCUGCAGCUUUUAUCAGGGCAGAGGGUUAUUAAUAUGAAUGUCAACAAACCAAUGCCUCUGAGUAAAAUGGCAAAAAAUCUGACAAAAGGAGGGGAUAUAACGGAAUUUGCUGACGGAAAACUGAAUGGAGAAUAUUCCGUUGAGUCGUUUGAGUUGGUGUUUAAGGUGGCUUUGUCGUGUACUGGGCUUAAGCAACAACGGCCGUCUAUGGGAAGAGUCGUGGCGGCGUUGGAGAAAGCUCAUCGUAUUUCGCAACGAGUUAGGUCACUUGAUUUCUCAUUUCAGUCUGUGUAAGAAAGAAAGAACCGAUUUUCAGUCUG